AUGUCCGAAAAGAAAAAGAAACGCGAGCUCGUGGAGCAGACGUGUGCCGAUGAAGGGGACGAUGAUCAGCCUUUCAUGCCAAUCCCGAUUCCGAAGUCCGUCGAGCCGCCACGUGACAAGGAUACCGACAAGGAGAAGGAGAGGGAAAAGGAGAGAGAGAAAGACAAGGAGAAGGAGAGAGAAAAGGACCGGGAACGGGAGAAGGAGCGCGAGAAGGAACGGGAGAAGGAGAAAAAGGAUCUGAAGCAGCAGCUGGAGACGACCGAGAAGACGAACGAGGCCAAUUCGCCGAAAGCGCCCACGCCGCCAGCACCGUCCACCUACAUUCCUGCAGUUGGAAGCCCACGCGAAGUGGUGACCGGAGCACAGCUGAUCGGCACCGGGCCGCCCCCAGUCUCGCCGCCCGAGCGAGAGCUGCCCACCCCCAAUCCGCCGGCCCCACCGCAACCCGCUCAGCCCCCGCCCGUAUUUCUGACACGCGAUCCGCGACGCGAAGAAUUUCCCGUCGUGCCCCACGAACGGAAGAAGAGCACCAAACGACGGGAGCGUGCCACAAACCGCAGCGGCGACCAGACCAACACCACCACCACCAACACGUGCGAUGCCGAUUUUGGCGACAAGCAGCAAUCUCCGAUCCCGUUCAAGCCGAUCGCCGGCGUAUCCACCGCUCAAUCGAAUUCUGCGAAGAACGCCCCGCCUGCAACUUUUCCGAUCGCGUUUCCGGUGCAGCCGAAGGUCGCCACGCGUACCCGCCACACCGGACCUUCCUACAACCAGGUCCGUGCUUCCGUCCCUCGGGUGGUCAGCUCGCAAGUUCCCAAUAAAAAGCAGAACAACUCUGGAAAGAUCAAGAAAGUGCGAGACGGCGCGGCGACCCCACCUCGGAUCCCCAACAACCAACAGGCGGCCCUUGCCAGCAAGGUACAAGAAGAAUUGGCCAUCCAGAAUUCGAUCCAAGUGCAAGAUGACGAAUACUGGACGCUCGUCGAUCAAACUGUCAUCAACCGGGACUACUUUCACGGCUACUUUACGAUGCACUACAUCACCAAGAUGCUCAAGUACCCCGGCGACUACAUUCUCGGCAUACUCCCCUACAACAAUGAGAAAAAAGGGUGGCACUUGGCCAGCGGAAUUGGGUUGUGUGUGGCGCCUCGCGACAUCCGCUUCAUUCCGAUCAAGGGCGGAAAGCGCAAGCAGUACCGCUUCCGCGGCGGCAAGAUCACGAAGCCGACGAUCCAGGAGCUGGUCGCCGAAUAUGCUUGUGGCGAGGGCCUCUCGCAGCCGUUUGAGAAUGGCGUCGACAAACUCGUCUACCUGAACCGCUCCGUGCCGCGUGUGCCUUACAUCUUGCCGCACAAACGAGUCCAGCUGCACGACCGGAUUGGAGGCGGCAAUUUCGGUGUCGUCUACGAUGGCACGUUGCACGACCGGAACAAGAAGUUCGAAGUGGCGGUCAAGAUCUUCAAGCCGUCCACAUUGGCGUCAAACCCGGGCGCGAAUCGCACCAAGGACAUCCUACAUCAGAAGAAAUUCCUCGAGGAGGCCUACGUGAUGUGGCAGCUCAAGCAUCCCAACAUUGUUCACUUCUACGGCAUUUGCUCGUUGAAACCGGCGCUGAUGAUCAUCAUGGAGUACUGUCGGGGAGGAUGUGCUCGCAACUACCUGCAAAAACAUGGCGAGGGUGUGUCGAUGGCGGUGAAGAACCGGCUGGCGAUCGAGGCUUGCGAAGGGCUCAAAUACCUGACCAAUCGCGACUUUGUGCACCGUGAUGUGGCGGCCAGGAACUGUCUACUCGACGAGAAUCUUAGUUUGAAAGUUGCUGAUUUCGGACUGACGACCGAUGUGGAGAUUCUGCGCCGUAAGGCCGACAAUGCCAACGCUAUGGUGUUGCCAAUUAAAUGGGCCGCCCCAGAGGUUCUGCGCAGCGGCGACUUCUCGUGGGCCAGCGAUGUGUGGGCGUUUGGCGUGAUGCUGUUCGAGUUCUACAACGAAGCGCGCGAGCCGUACACCGGAUUGCGCAAUCGUGUCGUCCGCGAGGAGCUGCUCAAGGGCAACAGUUUCCGCAUGGAGCUGCCGACCAACAUCCCGAUGGCGAUCCGGUUGCUGAUGAUGCGCUGCUGGGCGGAGGAACCGUCGAAACGCCCGAGCUUCGGCGUGUUGGCCGACGAGUUGCGCAAGGCCCAGCGCAGCACCGAUGCGACC